AUGACCAAAUCUGUUCUUUAUGGACUUCCCUUUAUGUUGUGCUUACUGGGUCUAGAGAUCUUCUAUAUAUCUUCUUCUAUUCAUAUCCCAGAAGCCACAGAGACAGCAUUCGAUUCUCUACUGAAAGUUGUAAGAAGAAAAGGAGAUGAGAAGAUGCCGAUGAAUACGUUGGAAGCAACAAUGUCAACAUUUGAUGGGGUUUUUGAGAAAUUUACAAGUGAAUCGACAAAAUACAAUGCCAAUUUCAUCGUCUUCUUGGCUGACAAAGACCCAUCCACCAAUCUUAGCUGGUGCCCUGAUUGUGUGAGAGCUGAGCCCAUCAUAUACAAGAUGUUAGAAUCAUCACCAGACGAUGUGGCACUGCUGAAGGCUUAUGUCGGAGAUAAACCUACAUGGAGGAAUCCCCAGCACCCGUGGAGAAUUGACUCAAGAUUUAAGCUCAAAGGAGUUCCAACAUUAGUCCGCUGGGAAGAUGGUGCAAUAAAGGGUCGUCUGGAAGAUCACGAAGCACAUCUAGAGCACAAAAUUGAUGCCCUCCUAUCUGGGAAGUAA